AUGAGCGCCGAAGAAUCUCGGAAUACAACCCCGGUCGCCGCUCCAAAUGAGAAAGCGGGUUCCGACACCAAUACUUCUGCGUCGCAUGACAAGACAAACCUCCACGAGAAUCUACGAAAUCUUGUCGAACUUCUCUCGAAACACGAUGCCGAACUCCAGCUCCUUUCUUGCCCACUUCCGGUAUCAUCCACCAAGCCGCGGACGAAGCGCGCAAAGGUUUCAAACGACCAGGAGACAUCCACCGUACGAACACGCGUUGAUUCGGGACGAUACAGCACCUUGCAAGAAUUCCUAGCCGAUAUUGAAAGAGCUUCUGCUGCUGCGAUCGAACGCAACCAAAAUCAGUCAAACGGUAUCGGGGUUGAUGGGACGCCCUUGACAGAAGUUGUGAAUCGCAUUGCGGCUUUUAAGAAACAUAUGAAUAGUCUGGUCGGCCAAUCAUUUGUUAACCAACCUAAUGUCAAGGCCGAAUCUCCAGACGAUGAGGAAGAUCAAGUCUUAGCCACAGUCGCUCAUGUCAGCGCCCGUGAGGACAAGCAGGCACUGACAAUCUUUGGGAAUUCUUCAAACCCGGCGAACCCCAAACAACUAUUCUCAAGCUUGCAGAAAUCCGUUAAAGUGCCCCUGCAAUCUUCCAAUGGGGACACGGAGAGGAGUGUUGAAGUGCAAGAAGAACUUCGCGAGGGUGCCCUCCCGAAUGGAAUUUCAGCCACAAAAGUUGUCCCUUAUAAUCUCAGUGCUGCUUCACCACCAUCAAAGAGAACGUUUGGUGAGGUCUUCGCUCCGCGCGCUGGCCUCCCCCAAUUAGAACGCCCACGGAGACGAAGCUAUCGAAGCACCUCGAUUACUUGGAUGGAUCCAUUUGACGCCGCCUCUGCUUUGACGCCACUUCCCGCAGGACAAUGGCUACAGUACGGUGGAGUCACGUCUUCGCCAGCUUUUUGGGCUCGCGUCGAAAAGUAUCAUGCCAGUGCAGAUUCUAGCUCAAAACACAGUGAUCCUGCACUGUGGACCGGUGAUGAUUCAUCUCUCCUGCAGGGCGUCUACUCAUCCUUUGCCCCGUCUUACGAUAGUUCCGGGGCCACCCUCCAAAAUGAUGUAAAGGACAUGAUCUGGUGGGAGAAGCGAGGAUCCAAGCGCUUACGUACCUUGCUCUCACUUCCUCAAACGGAGGAAGAAGCCAUAAGUGCGCAGCCAGGAAGCAUCGGCGACCUUGAUGAAAGCACUCUAGACGAAAUGGUCAAGUCAUUCAAUCCGGAAGACAUCAGUUAUGACGUUACUGGCGAGAACGAGAAAUCUCAAGUGGAUCCCGACUCAAGGGAGGUUGAAGAGCUUCUCGUCGAAAUUUCAGAUCUACUCGAUACUCUGAGCUCUUACCAGAAAAUUCGUCAUCUGACCUUCCCACCUGCUGAUGGCGACCUUUCAGAGAGCAAAGACACUCCAAUUCCCGAUUCCGACGAUGUUGAUGCACCAUCUGAUGCAGAGAAAGUCAUUUACGAAACACUGAAGACGAGUCUUCUUGCUAUCAUCGGCAACUUGCCGCCAUAUGCCGUUGCAAAAUUGGACGGUGAUCAGCUGGCGGAAUUAAACAUUAGUCAAAAGAUUCUGAUCGAAACUCCGGAUUAUACUGGUACCAUGGAGAAGGAUGAUUACACCUUACAACAGGAACGCGCUGCGGCCAUGGCCAUGGCAGCAGCACCACCCAAUACCGCGAAUCGGAACCCAACGCCUUCCUCCGUGCCACGGCCGGGCAGCUACCAAGGGCCACAUUCUAGCAUUAACCAGCGUGCAGUUACCGCCAACGCUCAAAUUCCACAACGGCCAAAUUUCCAAGUACCUCAACACGGCCGACAACCUUCCGGGGCAGGUACAUUUACCCCCGGGUAUAACGGUGCACGUCCUCCCAGCACGCCAUCCCAACGCCCUGGAUAUACGCCACAACAAUAUGCACAAGGGGGGCAGCAACUCAGUCAAGCAAACAACGUGCCACAGUUCCAACGUCCCACGCCUAAUGGCUACACACAAUCUACCCAGCCAUAUACACCACGGCCAGGGCAGCCAGCCGGCUACAAUGUAACACCCCAGGGCCGCACUCCCUAUGCGAAUGCUGGCCCUGUUCAGCGUCAACCGUACGCGUCGCAUGGAACCCCAUCCCAAGGGCCGUACCCCAACAGUGCCGCUGCUGCCAUUCACGCUCGAAGUGCAGCCGAGCAAGCCGCAAAGGCUCAUAUCGCGGUACAACAGAGUCGACAGAGUCCCUCCACGCCGCAGCCUGGGGGUUACGAGGCUCGUCUAUCACAAGAGGGCAGCCUUACUCCUGGAAGCAAGCAGAAUGGCACCCCUGUCCAAUAA